UCACCAUCAACAGCAGAAAAAAAAAAGGAGAAAAAAAAAACUCAACUUGGAGAAUGAAAAGCAUUUCAUUUAUACUUUUGUUAUUAGUUUCUCUUCUAGUCGUCGUUUCUCGACACACUCUUGCGUAUGAAGAUUCUUGUUCGACAGAUGAAGAAUGCAGAAAAAACUGCCUAUGUGAUGUAGCGUAUUGCGACAAAAGCCGUGAUAAGUGUGAUUAUGGAUUUCAUGUUAUGAAUAAAGUUGAUGUCGGUUUUUUCAAACAUCGUGGUGGUCGAAUAUCUCCACCGCAGUGACUGAAAUUAUAAUGAUACAAGUGUAUGUCGUAUCUAAUUAAAAAAAAAGUUAUUUGUUGAA